ACAUAUGAUUCAAUUGGUUACAUGUUUGUUUUUUUUUGAUCAAAAUUGUUUGCAAAUCAAUUGAUUUGAUUGUCUUUUGAAAUUAAUUUAAUUUAACAUGCCUACCAUUAGUGUUAAUCGUGAGCAUUUACAUAAAACCUUGGGUCAAGUUUAUACUGAAGAUCAAUUUAAUGAUUUGUGUUUUGAAUUUGGUCUUGAAUUAGAUGAAAUUACAUCAGAAAGAGAGAUUAUCGCUAAAGAAAAAGGUGAUGAUAAAGCUAUUGGUGCUUCUACCGAUGUAAUCUACAAGAUUGAUAUACCGGCUAAUCGGUAUGAUUUAUUGUGUGAAACUGGAUUAGUUAGAGCUCUUCUCAUUUUUCAAGGAAAAGUUGACAUACCUCAAUUUUUGGCUAUUGAUCCGGCCGAUUAUGGGGUCAAUAAGAUUGUGGUCACUCCAAAUACUAAAUCAAUUCGUCCUUUUGUAGUCUGUGCAAUCUUACGGAAUAUUACAUUUGAUCAAGUUCUCUACGAUAGUUUCAUUGAUCUUCAAGAUAAAUUACACCAAAACAUUUGCAGAAAACGAUCUCUAGUUGCUAUUGGUACUCAUGAUUUGGACACAAUCAAAGGUCCAUUUCUUUACGAUGCUAAACCACCUCAAGAGAUUAAAUUUGUUCCUCUCAAUGAAACCAAGGAAUUUAAUGCUGUUGAACUCAUGGAAUAUUAUUCGGGUAAUAGUCAUUUGAAACCUUAUCUACCAAUAAUAAGAGAUAGUCCCGUUUACCCAGUGAUCUAUGAUGCCAAUGGUGUUUUACUCUCCCUACCUCCGAUAAUCAAUGGCAAUCAUAGUAAAAUUAAACUAUCGACCAAAAAUAUAUUCAUUGAAUGCACAGCAACUGAUGAAAAUAAAGCUUCCAUCGUACUGGACACUAUCAUUUGUAUGUUCAGUUCGUAUUGUGAUCCACAAUUCCAAGCGGAAAAGAUUCAAACAGUCUAUGAAGAAUCCAAAGAGACAAAGAUUUUCCCGAAACUCAACUCUCGUAUGGAAACCGUGGCAGUUGAUCGAGCAAGUCAAAUGUUAGGAGUUAAAUUACCUAAAGAAGAGAUUUGCAGAUUAUUACAGCGAAUGGGAUUAAAAGCAACACCCAAUAAAGAUAAUUCAAUGAUUGAUAUUGAGAUUCCACCUACUCGACAUGAUAUCCUUCAUGCUUGUGAUAUUUUUGAAGAUGUUGCCAUCUCAUAUGGAUACAAUAAUAUUAUAAAAAAGUUUCCCAAAGUCGUAACCAUUGGUGCUCAAUUUUCACUUAAUAAAUUAUCUGAUCAAAUUAGACAUGAACUUUCAAGAUGUGGAUAUACUGAAGCAUUAACAUUCUCCUUGUGUUCCAAGGAUGAUAUUGCUGAUAAAAUGAGGAUACCCGAUGAAAUUUCCAAGGCAGUUCACAUUGCAAAUCCUAAAACAAUUGAAUUUCAGGUUGCCAGGACUUCUUUAAUUCCUGGAUUACUGAGAACAGUUGAAUCUAAUAAGAAAAUGCCUCUGCCACUAAAGCUAUUCGAAAUUUCCGAUGUUGUCUUGAAAGAUUCGAGUAAAGAUGUUGGCUCACGAAAUCAGCGAAUGUUAUCUGCUCUUCAUUACAACAAAUUUCCUGGUUUCGAGGUUAUUCAUGGUUUACUUGACCGAAUCAUGCAAGUAAUGGAGAUUCAAUAUACUUCUCAAGGUUCAACUGAUGGAUAUUAUAUUGAAUCAACAAAUGAUGAAAGAUUCUUACCUGGUCGAUGUGCUUCAAUCAUCUACAAUAGCAAAUCAAUUGGAAUCAUGGGUGUACUUCAUCCUAAAGUUAUUACCAAUUUUGAAUUAACCCAACCAUGUUCAGCAUUAGAAAUUAAUGUGGAGAUUUUCCUUAAAAGAUAAAAAUCAUCAUGAAACAUGAACAACAAUCAAUUCAAAGUUUUUAUCUUGGAAAAGUCAAGUUUCCAAGAUGAGUAAACAAUCAUUUCUGGAUAUAUUAUAUACAUGGGCUCUGGAGUUAAAGAAGACAAAUCUUAUCUAAAUUAAGUGGAUUGUCAUUUAUUGAACAUUUUCAACUAAAAUAUUGGACCAUAAACCUUAAAGGACUUUAAUAAAGACAGAAAGAAAAGAAAGAUAAAUAAACAACUAUAAUGAUUAUCUUUAAAUCACCAAUAACUUCAAUCCCAGUACAUUAGGAGAGGAGAGAAAGAGACUCAAAGAUGAUUAAGAAAUUGCAACACCAUUAAUAUAGAUUAAUCAAUAUAUAUAUAUAUUUUAGGUGAAAUCACUACUGUUCCUGUAAAUUGGUUCAAUCACUGAACUUUCAAGUUAUUAAUGAACUUUAUUUAACACUAAUGAUUACAAUCAAGUCUGGUUUAACUUUCGAUUAGUUAUCAACAAACUAAUUAUUAUUGUUAUUGUUACAUCGUAUAUAUAUUAUACUUGGUAUAGAUUUUGCUUAAAGUAUUUUCGCCUGAUUGAUUGUUUAUAAUAAAUCUAUCAUCAAUCAGAAUUUAGGAUCAUGUUGAUGACUUGAAUAAACAUUGAUCUGGAUUCUCAGUAAACUCAA